AUGGCGUCCUGUGCUAUUCCAAAGUACCCUUUGAAGAUAUUUCCAAUAUUGUUUUACAUUCUGUUCAGCAGUGCUUUUGGUAGUGUGGAUGGACAGCCAAUUAUAAAACAAGCCCGGUCGAGCAACUCUUCACAGACUAGACUGGCAACCGGUGCCAAUCAAAAUACAUAUAACAAAGACACCGGAGACAUAUUGCUGGGAAUAGCAAACCAUGUACCAACUCCACCGCCGGAUGAAGACCCGGGUACCCCUGGUGAAGGGAGUGACCCUAAUCUGCCUGGAUAUGUACCUCCAAACCAAUACAUUCCAGGUCUACCAGGGUAUGCACCGACUGGACAGUACAAUCCCAUUCCCCCGGGGUACGUACCCAUCGCAUCAAACAAUCAAAACCCAUUGGGCUACGCACCUGUAGGACAAUAUAGUCCACCCGGACAAUAUACGCCACAGGGACAAUUCAAUCCUACUCAACCAGGUUUUGUUUCUCAAAAUCCAUAUAAUCCAAGUAUGUUUGGAUAUGUGGAUAACCCACCUGUGGCGGGUCAGAAUGGUUUAGGGACAAUUACGGACCAAGCGGGAUCAAACACUGGACAAGGUGGGCCAAAUGGACAGGACAAUUUAAAUGUAGGUCAAGGUGGGUCGGGCACAGAGCAAGAUGGAUCAAGUGCGGGACAAAAUGGACAGCUGAUAGGACCUAACGCCGUCCCACAGUAUUUUAACCCCCAAGCGCCUCCCCUUGGGUCCCCAGGGAAUGUGCCACAACAAGGACAGUACCCACCUCAAGGACAAGGGCCAAAUACCCCGGGGUACAUACCACCACAACAACAGCCAAUACCACCGGGGCAGUUUGCACCGCCUCAGCAACAAGGUGAAUAUCAGCAAUCAAACCCUGUCCAACUACCACCAGCUUUCCCUCCUCAGGGUCCUCCUCAGGGUCCAUACCCGCCUCAGCAACAACCGCCACAGGGGCAGUACCUUCAACCACCAACAGCUGGCCAAUACGAGCAACAGCCACCGCAAGGUCAGCCUCAACCACUACCACUCCCUCCAACACAGGGGCAAAAUCUGCCUCCUCAACAACAACCUCAAGGUCAGCUUCAACCGCAACAACUUCCACCAACACAGGGGCAAUAUCUGCCUCCACAACAACAACCACCACAAGGACAGUACCAGCCUCAACCAUCAGGGGGACAGUAUCCACCUCCAGGCUACCAGAAUACUCCAACACAACCUGCGCAAUACAGCGGGGGCUAUGGCGGCACUGAUCCCUUCCAAGCAGGCGCUCAGGGCUAUGCUAAUCAGGGCGCUCAGGGGGCGCCACUUUAUGGUGGCCAACCCACCCAAGGGACACCUGUAUACGGGGGACAAAGACCGCAAACUGCACCUAUAUACGGAGUUCCAAAUCAGAAUGGACCACAAGGGCAAAACUAUGUAAACCCUGCUUAUAGCCAAGGGCCCAUAUAUGGUCAGGGUUCACCAUACGGUCAGGGGCCCAACAAUUUCCAAGGACAAUAUACCGCGAAUCCUAGCCAGCUAUUCCAAGGUCAGUUUGGAACAAAUAAUGCUCAGUUUGGUGGCGUAAGUGGCAUUACUUUCACUGGGCAAAUUACCGGGGUUAUUUCCAACGCUCAAAAUGGUCAAACGUCCCUUCAGAUAUUUUUCCCUUCUUAUUCGGGACCUCCGCCGCAGUUCUUUGACCCUAAGAGUAGGUUGUAUUUCUCCCCUCACUCCGCCCGGCAGUAUUAUAACUCACAAACUGGGAUUUAUUAUGAUCCCGCUACCAAGGAAUAUUACAGAAGGCAAAUUGUGUGA